CUGAGCGAGAAAAUGGCGUAGAAGUCGACGAAAAUUUCAUUCGUGUAAAAAACCUGAAAAACUUAGGACAACUUAGCUGGGAUUCAAAAAGCAUAAUCAAGCUGCAAGCAGAGAUGUUUCCCGGUGGAAACGGAAACGCCGAUUUGGGUUACAACAAGCAUGCUCACGUCCACGGACACGGACAACAUGGCCAUGGCCACAACCAUAAUCACAAUCAGUUCCUGGCACAGCCCCCGCCGCCACCCCCUCAUUUUCCAAUGCCCCCGGGCGGGGGUCAGGGCAUGGUGACGCCCCUGGUGGCCGCCGGCCUGCCGCUCGCCAUGCAGGGUGGCGCCGGCAUCGAUUGGGCGCAGCUCGCCCAGCAAUGGAUUCACAUGCGGGACGCUACUCCGGUGACCAUGCCCCUGGCCCCGCCACCGCCCAUCAUCAGCAAUGUGCGGGAGUACCACCAGCAGACGGUAGCCAUGCCGGUGCCCAGUGUGGUCAGGGCGGGAUUUCCGCUUCUGGAGGAGCAUGGCGAGGCGGAUAUGGACAUGGACGAUGAGAACGAGCGAGCACAUGGCUCUGAGACGCCGCCACCGCCAGCUCCUGUGGUUACGCAAUCCCAAUGGCUGGCGGGUGGCGAAUUGCCUGGUCACGUCCUCGACGCCUCCAACGGAGCGGCUGCCACGCUGGGCAAGCAGCCUUGGACCGGGUGGCAAACGCAGCCCGACAAAUCGGGCAAUCCCACGGCGCAUAUACCAUCGCUGCUGAAGCUGAACGUCAGCAAUCCCAAUGAGCCGCAGCAACAGCUGCAGUUGCAGUUGCAAGCGCAGCAGCAGCAGCAACAUGCGCCCCAGCCAUCGCAUCCCCACCAUCACCCAGCACCGCAGCCACAUCCACAUCCACACCACCACCUAACACCACACACACACCUGCCGCCACAGCACGCACAGCAGUCGCAGUCGCAGCCGGAAAGCGGAAGCAGCGGGGCCAGCACAGAGAUCGAUGCCAACAAACGGAAAAUGUUGCCAGCUUGGAUAAGAGAGGGCCUGGAGAAAAUGGAGCGAGAAAAGCAGCGGCAACUAGAGCGCCAGCAGUCCUCCAUUAGCACGCCAGAUGAUGAGGUCGACCAUGUUAAGCAAGUAUCAAGCAAAACACUAACCACACCUGGUAAUCUUUUGAACAUCGCGAACGUGGCUAGCGACAGCGAAGAUUCCAUUGACGUGCCUGGGGAGGCGCAGCAAAUAGGUAAUGAAUUGAUAAGUAAGGACGGCGAUAUCAGCAGCAGCGAAGAGCAGCCGGAGCUGGAGCAGCAUGGAGCCAUCGAAGCCGGUGAUCGGGCAGCGGCGGAGCAUGUGCGCACGGCUACCGUAAACGAUGUCAAUGGUAAAAACUACGAAGAAAGACUGGCGGAUCUGAUGCUUGUGGUGCGUCGGACACUAACCGAAAUCCUGCUGGAAACCACAAACGAAGAGAUUGCAGCCAUUGCAGGCGAGACUCUAAAAGCACACCGUGCGAAAGCGUCAUCAGCCCAAGUGAUUCGCAAAAGCGCCUUGUCCUCCAUUACCGGCAACUUGGGUUUAGCAGCCUAUGGCGAUUCUUCCAGCGAAACCGAAGAUGAUGAGGACGACGAUGAUGAGCGCCAAGCAGAUGGCGGAAAGGAUGCCGACAAAAGCGCGCAGCUAAGCGCGGAGGAGUUGAAGGCUCGCAUAAGGCGCAGCAAACGAUCCUUCGAGAGAGUCAUUGACGACAUUGAGGAUCGAGUGGCCAAGCAAGAGCUGCUCGACGAGCAAACUCUGCUGCGACAACGCAAGCGGGAACUGGAGCGCUCCGUUGCUGGUGCUGGUGCUGGUGAGCAUCGUCGACCGGUGGCCCAUCCAGAUCCGCCCAGUGAGUCGACCAGUCAAACCACCCAGGAAAAGCUUCAGCAAUCGAAUGGUAUGAUAGCCCCAUGUAAAUCCGUUGAACUCCAAUCAACACAUUGCCAUCCCUUAGGCAAACGACUCAGUCGCAAGGAGCGGACCACCCGCUUCAGCGACAACAAGGACGGUAAACAGCAGUCGCAGACCUUCGUCCAACAAGUAGUGGCGGCCGCUGCUGUGGCACCACUGGCAAGCCUCAGCAGCAGCACAAGCGGUCCACAAAAGCUGAAGCCCGUUCCCAAUCCGGCCACCAAUCUGCUGCAGAUGCCGGAGUCGGUGGCCACCAUGCUGAGUGCGGCGGACAAGGCGCUGCACAAGGCCAACAAGUCGUCGCGCAAGUCCAAGAGCAAACGGCGCCACUCGUCCAGCUCGUCUUCGUCGAGCAGCAGUGGGAGCAGCUCCAGCAGCGAUAGCGACGACAGUAGCAGCACCUCGAGCGGAUCCAAAACUUCCGGCAGCCGGAGCAAGCGAUCCAGCCGCCAUGGACACCGCAGCCAUCACGGCAGCAGUCGGAGCAAAUACGAGCGUCGCGAUCGCGACAGAGAAAGGGAGCGGGAGAGGGAACGGGACCGUGAUAGGGGUCAUCGGCAGCAUCGCAGCCAGUUCAGUGGCGGCAGCAGUAGUGGAAGUCGCCAGAAACAGCGCCGACAUCGCGAGUCCAGCCAUUCGGGCGAAGAUGCUGGAGGCAGCAGCAGUUACCACCGCUCCUCGCGGCAGAGCAGCAGCCGUAGCCACGAUCAUGGCAGCAGCAGCAGCGGACGCAAGCGACACCGCACGAGAUCCCGCUCCAAGUCGCGCAGCACUCACCACUCCAGCUCGAACGCAUACUCCUCCACUUCCGCGUCGCAUCCGCGCAAGCGCCAUUGAGAAUUUGUCCACAGUUAAUUGUUAAUAUAUAAUUAUAUUAUUUCUUCUGUUUAAGUAAACAGUUUUAAUUCAGCCUAAUAAAUUACAAACUUCCAGACAAA